GUGUAUCAGACCGGGGGUUCAGAGGUCACAGAUUGCCAGAAAAGAACAUGGCGGCCGUCGUGACGAGUUAGAGCCACUGUUGGAACUCAUUUAGCAGGCGGAGACUAUAUAACAGUAAAAGGGCCGUUUUCCUGUAUUUUUCCCGGAGUGCUUUACCGACACGGAAUACUGACACGAAUGGCGCUUCUGUACGGCUUGUUAUGGCGGCUAUUACUGAUUUUCGUUCACGUCAACAGAGCGCUCUUCUUUUGGCUCCAUGUCCGUAUUCGGAGCUGGAAGGGCAGGCUGUGGGAGCGGGCAGCGACCCUUCUGCUGUUACCGGCAUCUCUAGCUGGGUUUCCGGACCUUCAGACCAAUCUGAAUCAUAACCCAGAUGCUAAUGCUAACCCCGGAACUGGAAAGUGCACUGACAGUCGCCGGUCACGGUGUCUCUCUGACGGCAAGACUCUGAAGAAGCUGCCGGUCCACAUUGGCCUGCUGGUUGCGGAAGAAGAACUCAGUUACACGGACAUAGCAAACCUGGUGGUGUGGUGCAUGGCUGUCGGCAUAUCCUAUGUUAGUGUCUAUGAUAAUCACGGUAUUUUUCGAAAGAACAACUCCCGCCUGCUUGAGGAGAUCAGGCAGCAACAGGAUCUGCUGGGUGUAGAUGGCUCUAUGCACAGUGUGGAGUUCCUGAGCAGUGGCAGUGACAAACACCAGCACAAUGUUGUGUCCUGUAGGUCUACAGUGAGAGUAUUGUCUCCAGAGGAUGGGAAGCAGAGCAUUGUCCAGGUAGCACAGAAGCUCUGCCGCUCUGUGGAGAACAAGGAAAGGAGCUUCAAAGACAUCAACGUUUCCAUGCUGGACCUACUUCUCAGAGAGUCAAAAAAUAUUCCAGACCCUGAGCUGGUGGUGAAGUUCGGCCCAAUAAACAGCACGUUGGGCUUUCUCCCCUGGCACAUCAGGCUCACCGAGUUCAUCUCCCUGCCAUCCCACAGAAAUGUCUCAUAUGAGGACUUGUUGGGUGCCCUGCAGCGGUAUGGUGCCUGUGAACAGCGGCUCGGACAGUGAUAUGCAGGCAGCAUGAUGUGGGCUUUACACAACCAGGACAUUGACAGGUGAUGAUUCCUGUGUCCCUUACUACUACUCUUCUCAACUAUGCCCGUCUGCUGGACCUCUAAUACACUAAGACAACUCAAAAACAUGGAAACCAGGAAAAAUAGCCAGCUAACUUCCUGCCACCAGCUCAUCUUCUAAUGAACUCACAUUCCAGGACUCAUGGAACAUGUUCAGCAAAGCAAGAGAAAAUAGCACAUCCGACACUGAUACAAGACUGUUUGCAGAGAUUCAGUGUUCCUAAAACCCUGUUGUCCUUUCAAAAUCCUCUGGCUCACUCUUUUUCAUUCAUUCUCCAGCUGCUCUUUACUGCUGAAGAAAAAAAUAAAUUGGCCUUCACACAGCAGAUUAUAAAGAAGAAACAGAUCUUUGUGUCCUUGUCCAAGUUGCACCCUGGGAAAUAUAGCAGCAGCUUAGAGCAUGCAGUUCAGGAGCUGAAGAGCGGAAGUGUAGCUUAGGGACAGACUGGCUUAUAAUGUCUAAAUAUGAGAAAUUCCUGUGGCUCUGUGUCUCUAUGACCUCCAGCUUGCAGUCAUGUUCAUGUGUAGUGUUGCUUCAUGCACAUACAGAGGGUUGUUUGAUGUUUCUUGGAUUGACCAAGGUCUGAAAUAAAGAAAUGCACUGUU